AUGGCCAACGACACUCCGAGCGCUUCUUCUGCGGCUGCGCCCUCCAUAACCUCUUCGCCUGCUCCUCCCUCCGCAGCACCACUUCCAAUGGAGUAUCCUUUCGCAACCUCCCCAGACAUCCUCCGCACGCAUCAGAAAGACGCAUACAUCACCGGCACCAUCUCGACACAGGCAUCGACUAUUCUCCGGGCCUUGCUGGGUGCUCGAUUCGCCCACAAAUACUCUGAUGCCACGAACCAUCUAUCCGAGCUGCUUUACCUCUGCAUGACAACACUCCUGGGGAACCGAACACUAGGCGAAGAAUACUGCGACGUGAUCCAGGUCGAGGACGACACAUCGCGACUCGCCGGCCUGGGGAGGCGAGUCGGCUACAUCGCAAGCGUGGUCUUCGCACCCUGGAUCCUGGGGAAAUCAUUACCAGCCCUGAGGAGAAGACUGCGCUCCAAACUCGAGUGGAAUAUCGACCACGCAAAGCAGAGGCGGAAACGCCCGACCCGGGCGCUCAAAGUGCAGGAAUACAUCCUCAGACACCUCGACACGUUGACCUCGCCUCAACCCGUCUAUGCGCUGAGUCUGGCGACAUUCUACUUCACAGGCGCGUACUACCACAUCUCCAAACGCCUGUUCGGCCUGCGUUACGUCUUCACCAAGCAGAUCAAACCGGAUGAGCAACGCGUAGGGUAUGAGGUCCUGGGUGUGUUGCUCGUAUUGCAGAUGGCGGUCCAAUCCGCGCUACAUGUCCGGGAGACAUUCCUCGAAACAACAGCGUCCACGGCCAGUGGGGGAGAAACGAAGGAGGAAGCAUCAAGCUCAGCCAUGGUCGGUCCGGGCAUUGAGAUGCAUCUAGCGGGACCGCUGGAGACGGGCGGCAAUCCUAAUCAACUGCUCUCCUCGGUUCCUGUUCCGCAUUUUCUCCCACCCGGCCUCAGCGCCAAUACCGCAACACCCAUCCUCGAUUCGCCGCGGUACCAUCUGGACGAUGACGAAACCCUCGCCUGGAUCCCCGCGGGCCAGCAGCGCAAAUGCACACUCUGCCUGGAACCUUUCCGCGAUCCGAGUGUGACGACGUGUGGACAUGUGUUUUGCUGGACGUGCGUGCAGGACUGGGUCAAGGAGAAGGCCGAGUGUCCGCUGUGCAGGCAGAGUGUGUUGAGCCAGAAAGUCCUGCCGUUGAGAGGCUAG